AUGCUGGAAGUACAUGAAAGCCAAACAGCGAAGUUUCUGAAGAACCGCAUCCUGGAUAUCCUGAAGAAGUACCAUCUCUCGGUUGAACAACUUUUUUCAAUAACAACAGACAACGGUGCCAAUAUGUUGGCUGCUGCAAAAAAGCUGCAACAAGAGUAUGCAUUGCAAGUUCAUGCAGAUCACGAAACUGUAAACGAAGGAGAAGCUGACCAAACAAGAGAAGAACAUUUCACGGAGAGCCUAACAACAGAACUCAAAGAUCAUUUAAAUAUAAUUCGCUGCGCAAUUCAUACGCUACAGUUGGCCUUGAACGAUGUUGUAGGAAAUAAUGACGACACUAUGAGGGUUGUGACGAACAUUGCCAAAAGUACGAAAAAGGUGAAAUAUAAUCAAUUUUUUGAUUAUAACAAAGGUAAACGUCCACCACUGUGGUCUCCUACGCGUUGGAAUGGCAAGUAUAAAUUGGUCAAGUCAUUCGUGAAUCAGGAACAAUUUUUCGUGGCCCUCGGAGAACAAUAUCCUGAACUAGCUCUUGACGACGAAACUUGGAGCUUUAUUAAGGAAUACGAAGCAGCCUUCAGACCGUUCAAUAAAGCUACCAAACUAAUGCAAACUCAGCAUCAACCAUUCUCGGAGUUCUACAUGCAGUGGUUGGAUGCAAUACGUGAGCUUAAGAAGCUUCAGAACAAUCGUUUUGUAGCACCACUGUCCAAGGAAUUGAUGACCAGAUUGGAAAAGUUGAAGGGGAAUGACUUGUUCCGAGCUUCCUUGGUUUUGGACCCAAGAUUCAACUUCCUGGGCUCUCAAGUUCUCACUACAGAAGAGAAAGAACAAACACAGGUAGAUCACACACAGGUAGAUCAAACAUAA